GAUGGGGGCGGGACGGGGCGUGGCUUGGGGCUCCUGGUCAGCGUGAUGGCGGCGGUGGCGGCUGCGAAACCGACCUCUCGGCGCGUGGGCUUCGUGGGCGCGGGCCGCAUGGCGGAGGCCAUCGCGCAGGGCCUCAUCCGAGCAGGGAAAGUGGAAGCCCAGCACGUGCUGGCCAGUGCACCAACGGACCGGAACCUCUGUCACUUCCGGGCUCUGGGCUGCCAGACCACCCAUUCCAACCAGGAGGUGCUUCAGAGCUGCUCCCUCGUCUUCUUUGCCACCAAGCCCCACGUCUUGCCCGCCGUCCUGGCAGAGGUGGCCCCUGUGGUCACCGCUGAGCACGUCCUGGUGUCUGUGGCUGCCGGGGUUCCUCUCAGCUCCCUGGAGGAGCUGCUUCCUCCGCACACGCGGGUGCUGCGGGUCUCCCCCAACCUGCCCUGCGUGGUCCAGGAGGGGGCCAUGGUGCUGGCCCGGGGCCGCCACGCGGGGAGCAGCGAGGUCGAGCUCCUGCGGACUCUGCUGGAGGCCUGCGGGCAGUGCGAGGAGGUGCCUGAGGCCCAAGUGGACGUCCACACGGGCCUCAGUGGCAGUGGAGUGGCCUUCGUGUGCGUGUUCUCUGAGGCCCUGGCUGAAGGCGCCAUCAAGAUGGGCAUGCCCAGUGGCCUGGCUCACCGCAUCGCCGCCCAGACCCUGCUGGGGACAGCCAAGAUGCUGCUGCAGCAGGGGCAGCACCCGGCCCAGCUGCGGACGGACGUGUGCACGCCGGGCGGCACCACCAUUCAUGGGCUUCACGCCCUGGAGCAGGGCGGGCUGCGGGCAGCCACCAUGAGCGCCGUGGAAGCCGCCACCUGCCGGGCCAAGGAGCUCAGCAGGAAGUAGGGUCCCAGAGCAGCCCUGCCCCCAUUCCCUCUCCCAGCCCCUCCCUGAGGACUGGUCUCUGACCCCUGGGGCCUCACGGCUGUGCCCUGCUUCCCACACGGGGAAUGCGAGGGGCAGGACCGGAGGGACCCUGAGCGUCCAUCACCUGGCCACCACCCAGGGGCCGUGGGCUCCGAGGCUGAGCACUGGUGGUGCUGGUCAGGGGCCCGUGGCCUGCCGCUUGGCAGAGCAGGAGCAGAGCCCCAGGCACAGGAGAGCUCGGGGGGUGGGGACGUAGGAUCUGCACGAGACCUGCUCCCCUAGUGAACCAGUCUGUCCUGUUAGUGGGGUGGCCUGGGGCCUUGAGGGGGCCUUGUGGGGGGAGGGCAGCGUCAGGGUUGGAAGGAUGGGCCUUGGCCAGUGGGGACCACACACUGGCUUCAGCUGGCAUGGCCCCGCCCGAGACCCCAGGCUCCUGGCAAGGGGCAGGUGUCGCUGGCUCUGGUGAGCCUUCUCCGUCAAGUCCUGAGGUCCCAGGCCUCUGACGGCAGGUCCUGGCCCUCCCCAUGUCCCUGAACAGACUGUCCCGCUGGGCACUGGGGCGAGGCGAGGCUGUGGGGCCUUCGGUGGGGGUGGCCUGCGGCUCUGCCCCCAAGGCUCACUGAGGCCUCCCGCCCGCCAAGGCCCCAGAGGCUGGUGCUCCCCUGGCUUCCACCCACCAGCGAGGCCUCAGGGAGGUCACCAGGAGGGCGCUGGGGCCCUACGCGCAGCCUCCCGCCAUCCAGGCAGCCCCAGGCGGUCCCUCCUCCCAGGCCUCCUCCACCGUUCCUGCCUCUGGUCGGAGGGUCUGCCAGAGUCCAUUAUCAGAGGAGGGCUCUCUCUACUGUGAAGUGGGAAUAAAGUCGCUGAAGUGGGAA